CGUCGCCAUGCCCAGGGAGAUCAUCACCUUGCAGCUGGGCCAGUGCGGCAACCAGAUCGGCUUCGAGUUCUGGAAGCAGCUGUGCGCCGAGCACGGCAUCAGCCCCGAGGGCAUCGUGGAGGAGUUCGCCACGGAAGGCACCGACCGCAAGGACGUCUUCUUCUACCAGGCAGAUGAUGAGCACUAUAUCCCACGAGCUGUUCUCCUGGACCUGGAGCCACGAGUCAUUCAUUCCAUCCUGAACUCCCCAUAUGCAAAGCUGUACAACCCAGAGAACAUCUACCUGUCUGAGCAUGGUGGUGGGGCUGGGAACAACUGGGCCAGUGGCUUUUCCCAGGGUGAAAAGAUCCAUGAAGAUAUCUUUGACAUUAUAGACCGAGAAGCUGAUGGCAGUGACAGUUUAGAGGGCUUUGUGCUGUGCCAUUCCAUCGCAGGUGGGACUGGAUCAGGCUUAGGCUCUUAUCUGCUUGAGAGAUUGAAUGACAGGUACCCCAAGAAACUGGUGCAGACGUAUUCGGUCUUCCCCAACCAAGACGAGAUGAGUGAUGUGGUGGUGCAGCCAUACAACUCUCUCUUGACACUCAAACGGCUGACCCAGAACGCUGAUUGUGUGGUGGUUCUAGACAACACUGCUCUGAAUCGCAUCGCCACUGACAGACUACACAUCCAGAACCCCACUUUCUCCCAGAUCAACCAGCUGGUCUCCACCAUUAUGUCUGCCAGCACGACCACCUUGCGUUAUCCCGGCUACAUGAAUAACGAUCUGAUUGGGCUCAUUGCCUCCCUCAUCCCUACCCCCAGGUUGCACUUCCUGAUCACAGGGUACACGCCCCUCACCACGGACCAGGCUGUGGCCAGUGUGCGCAAAACCACCGUCCUUGAUGUCAUGCGGAGACUUCUGCAACCCAAGAAUGUCAUGGUCUCCAUGGGGCGUGAUCGACAGACAAACCACUGCUACAUUGCUAUCCUCAACAUAAUCCAGGGGGAAGUGGACCCCACCCAGGUCCAUAAGAGCUUGCAGCGGAUUCGGGAACGGAAGCUGGCCAAUUUCAUCCCUUGGGGCCCAGCCAGCAUCCAAGUGGCGCUUUCCAGGAAGUCUCCGUACUUACCUUCAGCUCACAGGGUCAGUGGUCUGAUGAUGGCCAAUCACACCAACAUUUCCUCGCUCUUUGAACGCACCUGCCAUCAGUAUGACAAACUCCGCAAGCGUGAAGCCUUCCUGGAGCAAUUCCGCAAGGAAGACAUAUUCAAAGAGAACUUUGAUGAACUUGAUGACUCCCGCAAGGUUGUCCAGGAGCUGAUUGACGAAUACCACGCUGCCACUCGGCCUGACUACAUCUCCUGGGGCACGCAAGAGCAGUGAGCAGGC